AUGGCGGCGGGGAGCAGCAAUUACUGGGAAGGCGAGGCGGAACUGCCGCCGGAUCUCAGGAAGCAGGCGAGGCAGCUGGAGAACGAGCUGGACCUGAAGCUGGUCUCCUUCAGCAAACUCUGCACCAGCUACAGCAGCACCCGAGACGGAAGGCGCGACAGCUCUGACACGACUCCUCUCUUAAAUGGAUCAAGCCAGGACAGAAUGUUUGAGACCAUGGCUGUGGAGAUUGAACAACUUCUGGGAAAGCUUACUGGAAUAAAUGACAAAAUGGCAGAAUACACAAAUAGUGCAGGAGUCCCGUCCCUGAAUGCUGCACUGAUGCAUACAUUACAGCGCCAUAGAGACAUAUUGCAGGACUAUACACACGAAUUCCACAAAACCAAAGCGAACUUCUUGGCAAUACGAGAAAGGGAGAAUCUGUUGGGAUCAGUACGAAAAGAUAUCGAAUCAUACAAAAGUGGGUCUGGCGUGAAUAACAGAAGAACGGAACUAUUCCUGAAGGAACAUGAACACCUUCGAAACUCAGAUCGACUGAUAGAAGAAACAAUAAGCAUUGCCAUGGCAACUAAAGAAAAUAUGACUUCACAGAGAGGGAUGUUGAAGUCGAUACAAAGCAAGAUGAAUACCUUGGCUAACCGGUUUCCAGCAGUGAACAGCCUGAUUCAAAGGAUCAACCUUCGGAAACGACGAGAUUCUCUCAUCUUGGGUGGCAUUAUUGGCAUCUGUACCAUCUUACUGCUGCUAUAUGCUUUUCAUUGAUGGAUGUUCCCCCGUGGACUCUGCUAAACUCAUCACCACCAUCCCUCCCCCCCCAGUCAAGGAAAAGUGAAUGGGGGAAGCGACAGACUUCAAACAGCCUGCUUGUCAUGGCUGGGAGUGUCAGCACGAUGUCUAGAGCUUAUGAUGGUAGACUGCGACACUGGGUUUGGGUUGAAGCUGCAGUGUUUCUCCUUCCCUGCCAUACAUCUUCCUUUGGUUAAAUUUUGUGGGAUUUGUUUGUCUUUAAUUCUCUUUCUCACUGCAAGGUAAGUAAAUAUGGGACGCUUACCAGAACCAGUAGAACAGUUUCUGUGCUCAGCGGCGCUGGGGAAGUCUGUUGUUGGUUGGUAAGCAGUAAAAGAUUGUUAUGCUUGCCUUGGGUGGAAACUCUGCAGGAAGCCAGUUUCCCCUGUAGGCCAAGCACAGUACUGAACACUUUUGCCCUGUGAGAAGAAUAUUGCAGCUUUAAGCCGUCAGGUUGCUUUAUUACUAAAUACAUGUUCUGUAAUUCUUUUUAACGGAUGGUUGAGACACUAGUUAUUUCUGCAUAAUUUGUGCUGUGAAAACUCUGCUUCACACGAAUCCCUCAAAGUAAAAAAAGGAUUGUUCAGUUCACUUUUUGCACAGAUGAUGAAUAAACUACCCUCUGAGGAAGAUUUGUAAGGUUUCUUGUGGCUUUAAAGGGACUGACAAGUCCCCCUUUGUAAAAAGGGAGCACGGUGUCCUAGCAGCUGUUUACUAUAGUGUUCAGUCAUCUGAAAAGCGACCAAACAUGAGUUCACCUAAAAGUAGUCUUUUGGGUGUAAAUACUUUGAUUUUGGCUGGCAUCAUAAAGGUCUUUAUAAAAAGACAUGAUAAGCAGUUUGAAAAGUCUAUAUUGUAAUUUAGAUAAAGUUAUUCUAAUAGCGUUAAUAUUUUUACACUGUAAGUAGGAUAUAAUCUAAACUGUCAAUUGGAAAUGAAAAUUAUGAUGGUUAUACCUGAGGCAAACGUAUCUGCGUGCAAAAUUUUUGGACAUAACUCCUCAUAGUAAAGAGUUGAAUGUAUGAAUAGUGAAACAAGUAUUAUUUACCAUUAUCUGGGGGGAAAAAUUUUUUUUUUGUCCAGACAUGCAACAUGAAUCCGGUUGUGUUUGCAUCUCUAAACAAAGCUGAUGUCAGGAAUGGCUUUGAUAUUGCAGAUUCACGAAUUACAGAUUUUUCUGCUCUUUCAACAGCUCUUUUCCAUCUGUUAUAUCAUAACCCAAUAAAUUCAAACUGAGGCACUGAAAUAUCUUUCUAAGAAAUUGAUUAACUCUUUUCACAAUCAAUUUACAGUGCUCCUAACAGAUUUCAUGUAUGCCAUUACCCACAAAUGGCAGAUAGUCUCCAGGUUCUCUUCUGGAACAAAGUCUAGCGGGACGGACGCAAUUUUUUACUGCUUUUUGUAGUGUCUGUGAAGUACCUUUUGGAGGGAGUAGAGACUCGUGCCAGUGUAGUGUGCAAAACCACACUCUUGCGCCCAAAAUGUUUGUAUGGAUUUGAAGGCUUAUUUGCAGAGUAAUAACUUUGUGCUAAAAAGUCAACAAAGGCUUCUAAUCAGUCAUCUUGUCGUUGGGAUUAGAAAGCAUUUGGAAUUAUUACAUGUAAAACUGUGGGGCUUGUAUUUUAAAUAAAGGGUGAUUAUUUGGUUGAUUUGGGAAUGUU